CUUGAGAACAAAACCAACCUUCGCUCACAAAGCAGCAACAACACAAGAAGAAAGAAGAAUAUCAUCAAUAGCUAAUCCAAAAUGAGCAGUGUAAGAUUUGAGACUGUAUUGCAAGUGCGUGAAUACGAGCGCAUUCUGGGAGAUCACCCUGAAGUCAAGGGCGGAGGUCCUGCGCUAUCUAUUGGUUGGGCUUUUCUAGAGUCCACAGGUAGCUUGAAGGGGGAUGAUAGUACCGGUAGUGCUGAGGAUAAGGAGAAGAUUUCUCCCUUGAAUGCAGACACUCGUCGCUUCAUUCUCACGCAUAUCUACGAUGUAAACAAACAAGAAAUCGUCCAAGCGGAAAAGAUUGCUAGAAGAGUACGAAAGCUACGCCAGGAAACCAUUCAGGAAUACAAGGACUCUCUGCUCGUCAAGUAUGCAAACAUGAACCUUAACCCUGAGGAUGCAGCAAUGGCCCCAUCCACCACGGCCACUUCUAGCACUAUCAGUAACAGUUCUGGUACUAGCAAGACCAACAGCAAGCAAAGACAACGAAGAAGGAGAGCAGUGGCAAGUUCUACCAAAGACCUUAUCUCAGAUAUGACUAGCAUGUCCAAAAUGGCAAAGGCUUUCCAAACUUCUAUCAGAAGAGCACCAAAGAGGGAAACAAGAAUUGCCAGAUCGGGAUAGCCAGAAAGAUAAUCAUGCUAAGCAAAACUAUAAACCAGAAACUAAAAGCAAACUGUAUGUAAUAACCCGUCAUCCUUCUCUUAGCUAUUGUUUGUCGAGGCCUCAAUUGUA